CCUAAUUUAAACUUUUUGAAACCAACAGAAAUAUAGCGACGAAUGUAGAUGUAACACUGCCAAUGGCUUUGUAAUUUAUUGCGUAAUUUGUCAUUUAAAACACUCCAGGCUUCACAUGAUUCUAGGUGGUUGACAAACAGUAACGUUACUCUGGGCGACCAUGGAUGAAUUAACAGAACUCACAACCAACACAAGACAGUGAUCAUCCGUCCCUCUGUUGCUAAACAUUACUCCAAAGACUCCCAAAAACGAAACUUGAAAAAAUGCCAUCUAGAAAUCAUCUGGACAAAAUCGGGAGGAAAAAGAAGAAGAAAUGGACGGAGGAGGCCAUGGAGCGAGCAUUGAUAGAGGUGAAGUCUGGGAGGUGUACAGUGAGACAGGCUGCCAAAGAGUUUGGAGUCCCUAAGUCUUCACUGGGGGACAGAGUGAGUGGACGGGUAACACCGGGGAGUCGCAGCGGGCCUGCUCAGCUUCUAACAUCUGCGGACGAGGAACUGUUGGUGGAGUUUUCUUUGUACAUGUCCAAGCAUGGCUUCCCUCUCACAAAGCAACAGCUGGUGUGUUUUGCAUCAUCCAUUUACAAGCGGCAGCAUCGGAGGGUGGCGUUUUCUAAACUAGGCCAGACCUGGUGGCUCAAUUUUAGAAAACGGCAAGAAAAGAAUAUCAACAUUCAGCCAGCAGACAAUGUUGUUCGUGGGAGGACAGUGUGUGUGAGAAAAGAAGCAGUGGAUCAGUUUUUACACUUACUAAGCACUGUCAUGGACUCUCGUGGGCUCAGAGACAAGCCUCAUCAAAUUUUCAACUGCAAUGAGACAGGCUUUCAGCUGGGCAGGAAGAGGGUGAUUCUGCCUAAAUCUGCCAGUCUGGGCUGCAAGCCAACGUCAGGCUCCAGAGACCACAUCUCCGUCCUGGCUUGCUUUAGCGCAGCUGGAGAGGACAUUCCCCCAUUUAUUAUCUACUCAAAGGCAUACCCAGGGGGAGUAUGUUACAAGACUCAAGGGCCUCCAAACGCAAUCUAUGGAUGGUCUGACUCGGGGUGUAUCAACUCUGACCUUUUCAAGAAAUGGUUCCUCAAACACUUCCUCCUGCACGCACCGAAAGAGCGUCCUCUGCUGCUGAUCUUCGACGGACACAAGUCUCCGGUGAACCUCGAGGUGGUGGAAGCAGCUCGUAAGGAGGACGUAAUCCUUCUGUGCCUUCCGCCUCACUGCUCUCACAUCCUGCAGCCACUCGACGCAGGUCUCUUCAUUCUCCUGAAGAAGCGCUUUGCUGCACUCGUAGGCGAUGGUUGUUCCACUGAUUCUCACUUUGCAGUCAGCAAGAAGGAGUUCUCAGGUGUGUUUAAAGGGACAUAUCAGGUAGUGAAGGAGGAGGAGGGUGUGAGGAUUGUGAAGGACGGCUUUAGGAAAUGUGGCAUCUACCCACUGAACCACUUGUCUUUCAAUGAGGGUCAUUUAAUGGUAUCGCAGGAAAUGGGCUCAGAAGCUGGAUGCUCCCUGUCCACAUCAGCAGAAGGGGAGACCUCACAGCUGCUCGACCCCCAUUCAGACUCAUAACGGCACAAGACUGUCUGUCGGACCUUACCUUUAAGGAAUGGCUGCUUUAUUUAACUAAAUCUGGCUGGUUCUGUCAUUUUUAGGAUGCAACACCUCCCUCAGCUUUCUCUCAGAGAGCCAGAGGCUAGAGGCGUGUUGAUAUGAAUUAAAUGUUUUUCUCAGAUUUCUAAUUCUAGUGAAAAGGUUUAAAUGCUGCCCUUUAGCUGUUUCAAAACUGGGGGAGAGUUCCCUGAAAUUACAUUUUAAUGAGUCAAAAGGGUUUUAAUAGGAUAUGAAUUAAAAAGAUAUAUUCCCAGAACAAAUGUAUAUUAACACGACAAGAUAAUACAUUGUAGUGUCUUGUUCAACACUUACAGGUACUAGUACAUUGGGGAAAUUGCUAAAUGUAUUAGGAUCCAUGCAGAGGAUUUGCAUAGAAAACACACUUAAAACUUGUUCCUAAGAGGUUUCUUUUCCAAUAUUUUGAAGUCGGUCAUAAAACUGAGAGAACAGAAGGAUAACAAUGUGUUUUUGGUCAAAUUUAAAGCAGGGAAAUGAUAGCAUGUCUUUUGAAAUGGCCAACUCAUCUCAGUCGUGCAUCAUAUUCUUCCUUUGCUUGAGCAUGUGAAUUUACUCGGCCCAUUAGAAAGUGUAUUUGAUUGUAAAAAAAAUGUUCAGAAAAGUUUAACCCUUUGGGGAGUGUCUCAAGAUAAAUGUGUUGAAAUGUUGUAAUGUUCUCCAUUCACACAGAGGAAUGAAUAAACACUGCAGUAUUAACUCAGGGAGAAUAAAGAUAUUCUUUGAAUAUUUUUGCAUUACAUAUAUUUUCAUAAGCUUAAUCGUUUUACUACCAAGCAAACUAUUUAGUCAUCAUUCUUUGAUGUGACUAUGUCUGUGUGGGUGUGUGUCUGUGUUCGAUUCAGGUGAUGUAAUCGCAAUGCAAUAGGUACCGCUGGCAACAAAACGCUGGGGGAACUCUGAUGCAAACAGUAAAUGAAUGUUUCAAAGCAUAUUUAAACAAAGUAUAUAAAUAUGACUCUGAUCAUUUACCAUAAUUGUGACUAUGCUCGGCACACUCGACUGAUUCACACACAAAUUGAUUCCUGGUAGUUAAUUACAUUAAAAUUAUAUUUUUCGAAAUGUCCAUUAAGAGCCUGUUGGUAUUACACGGCGAACAUGCAGGUGUGGAGUUAAAGCAGU